ACUGAUAUCGAAAUAUUAUUGAUGGUUACACACAAAGGGUGACAAAGUUUAUCGCAUAUAUUCUUUAAUGUUCACUGACAAACAAUACAACCUUUGUACAUAAAAUUAAAAUAAUAAUUAUUUAUUAAUAAUGAGCACUGAGACAAUAAAUAAAAAUGAUCAAGAUUCUAUUGGAUCGCAGAGUGAAAUAUCAACUCGGCGGGCAAUUUUAACUGUUGGUUUAAUAUUUUUAACCUCAUUAACUGCACUGUUGUAUGUUUAUACAAAUUUUCCUGAUUUAAAUGAAGACGAGCGUAAACAUUUAAAACUACCAUUAAAUAUAGAAGACGCUAAAAAUCUAGGUGGAUUAUUAGAAAGAUACAAAGAGCUCUACUACAUAGAAGUAUUGGCUGGUUUGUUUAUAACCUACAUAUUUCUCCAGACUUUCGCCAUUCCUGGAUCAAUAUUUCUGUCGAUAUUGUCAGGUUUUUUGUUUCCCUUUUCCCUAGCUCUUAUUUUAGUCUGUACAUGCAGCGCCAUCGGUGCGUCACUCUGUUAUUUAUUGUCAUCACUAUUGGGUAAAAAAAUUUUAUUGUAUUUUUGCCCGACAAAAGUACAAACGUGGUCUAAGACUGUUAGCAAACAUAAAGAUAAUUUAUUAAGUUACAUGUUAUUUUUACGCAUAACACCCUUGUUACCAAAUUGGUUUAUUAAUUUAGCAAGUCCCGUUUUGGGUGUCCCCGUAAUGCCCUUUUGUCUAGGGACAUUUCUGGGUGUUGCCCCGCCUUCUUUUGUUGCCAUACAAGCCGGACAGACAUUAAACAAAUUAACCUCUUCCAGCGACGCUUGGUCUUGGAAUAGUAUUAUCAUGUUAUUUAUUUUUGCACUACUCUCAUUACUGCCUGUUUUAUUUAAAAAUAAUUUACAGAAAAAAUAUAAUUAGAUAAUGUUUUUUUUUUUUUUUUUUUUUUUUUUAAAUAGUGAAUUUAUUUAUUUUAAUGACUGUAACGUAAUUAAUUGAAACAGCUGUAAAAAUACUUCCAAAGAUUGUAACUUUUUUUUU